UGUAUAUUUAUAGCGAGUUGGGAGCAUGUUGUACACAUCAGUGUCCAAAAUAUUUAUAAGAGAUGGACGACAACAGGUGUUAUGGACUUUUUCUACCCUAAGACGAAGAAGGAGUGGAAGAAAGCCCGACGACGACCAUUUUUAAAAGCUCCAAAAUGACAGAAAGUGGAAGAGUGCCCCCGCACACGGCUAAAUCCUUGGCCUUCGGCUCCCAAAAGGAAAUGUUUGACAAGAUGGAGGAGUCUUUUAAAGUGUGCGCGCAUUGUGAGAAGACCUCAAGUCGCUCGUCGAACCCUCAAAGUCUGAAGCGCUGUUCCAGAUGUUUGAAUGUUUACUACUGCUGCAAGGAGUGCCAAAAGGACGACUGGCCCAAGCACAAAAAAUUCUGCGCCCAGCUGCGUCUCGCUGCCAUCGACAGAGUGGUUGAAUGGCUUGUGUUCAAAGGAGUUCUCCCCUUCCCAACGGACAAAUGGUCAAAGACCGAAUCCGAGAUCAAGAACUGGGACGAUUGGCUCGCCAUGCAGGGCGAUCUCACUGCUCGCCUGGAACCCAUUUUGACUGGAGAGACCAUGAAGGCCCUGUGGGGCGACGCGGGCAGGCCUCGGCCUGAAGAUAAAGACUUGAAGGAGUCUCUGUGGAGGGUCUGCAGCGAGUUCUUCUCCAGGCCUCUCACCAUCGCCUGGGGCGUCAGGCUUUUCAAGCUGGACCCUUAUUUCAAACCUCUCACCAUCCACCUGGUGGGAGCUGGCCAGAGCGAGACCCUAGCGGCAAAGUUGACGGACUAUGACGAGCUGAACAAGAUGUUCCCAGGACACCAGGGGAUAGAAAUAGUCAUGGUGGGACCGGAGUUGGUUCACGGGCCCAUCAUGAGGCCUCCUCUUAGAGCCUUUGGGCCAAGGCAGAGGGUCUACAUCAGCGCCUACAAGGGUCUUUACCAUCAGUUCUGGGAGGAAGUGGUCGAGAAAGAGGAAGCGGCCAAACCGGACCUGGUGGUCGGGUUUAAUCCUGGGUUUGAUGCCAGUCAGAAUUUGGAGCAGGGUUGGCUUCCAACACUUCUACUUCUGAGGGAUUAUGAGAUUUCUUCUCUUUUCACUGCUCUGAGCGAGGCAGAGAUGACUUACUCCCUGCAGAUCCUGCUGGAGUUGGAGAUGGACAUGAAGGGAAGCGGCGCCAACCCCUUUGCAUCGCUCAAACCAGAAACGGUGGGCUCGUGCCCCAACAAGCCGCCCGUCUUCUGGAACUCGCACUACUUUUGUUUUCGAGGUCUGCUGGAGACUGCGGACUUCGAGAAUCCCGAUGAGGCUUAAAGGACCCAGAUCAGGGGUGUCAAACCCAUUUUUCUCGUUGUUCCGGUUUACCUCAGAGGGCCAUUAUGACUGUAGAAAAAAAAUAUUUAAUCAUCCCAUCAUAUUUACAUAAUCAAUUUAUGAACGAGUUUUGGAGUCAGAAAUCAAGGGGAAUGCUUGUAAUAUCUCAACUUUAUCAAUAAGGAUUAAUGACAAUUUGAAAUUUUGGUACAGAUUUUUACAAGAAUCAUGGAAAUUGACACUCUAGAUGUGGCUUUGCGGGCCACAUAAAAUCAUGUGGCGGGACAGAUCUGGCCCCCGGCCCUCGAGUUUGACACCUAUGGCCCAGAUGUCGAUGCACUUUCCUCCUACAUGUGAAAUACUUCAUUGUUGCUUGUGAAAUCUACUAAAGCAAACACAAUGAUUAUGAACUUUCUAAAAAAAGUGGAAAUUCUUGUUGGAAUUGUAAAUUGAAAAAAAUGAAUGGUGUUUUAAAAAAAUAACUUUCAAUAUCCACAGAUGAAUAGUCUUUAACAUUUAGCCUUAUUGAAACCUACGAACUGUGAAGC